AACAUCGAGAGGGGGGUGCAGUGGGAUACUGGUGGCAUAAAAGGGGCAGCUGGUGUCUGCACCACACUUUCCUUCCAGGGGCCAGACGGACCAUGAUGAGUGCCCUGGGAGCUGUCGUUGCCCUCCUGCUCUGGGGACAGCUUUUCGCAGUGGACGUAAAUGAUGUCACAGAUAUUGCAGACGAUGGCUGCCCAAAGCCCCCUGAGAUUGCAAAUGGCUACGUGGAGCACUCGGUUCGUUAUCAGUGUAAGCAAUACUACCGACUGCGGACUGAAGGCGACGGAGUGUACACCUUAAACCAUGAGAAGCAGUGGACAAACAAGGCCGUUGGCGAGAAGCUUCCCGAAUGUGAAGCAGUAUGUGGAAAGCCCAAGAACCCAGUGGACCAGGUGCAGCGGAUCCUGGGUGGCUCUGUGGAUGCCAAAGGCAGCUUUCCUUGGCAGGCCAAGAUGGUCUCCCGCCACAAUCUCACCACAGGGGCCACGCUGAUCAAUGAACAGUGGCUGGUGACCACAGCUAAAAAUCUCUUCCUGAAUCACACAGAAAACGCCAAAGCAAAAGACAUCGCCCCUACCUUAAAACUCUAUCUGGGGAAAAAUCAGCCUGUGGAGAUUGAGAAGGUGGUUUUUCACCCUGACUACUCCAAGGUAGAUGUCGGGCUUAUCAAACUCAAACAGAAGGUGCCUGUUAAUGAGAGAGUGAUGCCCAUCUGCCUACCUUCCAAGGAUUAUGCAGAAGUGGGGCGUGUGGGGUAUGUGUCUGGCUGGGGGCGAAACGCCAACUUUAGGUUUACUGAGUUACUUAAGUAUGUCAUGCUGCCUGUGGCUGACCAAAAGAAGUGCGUGAUUCACUAUGAAAACAGCACAGUGCCCGAAAAGAAGGGGCCAAAAAGCCCUGUGGGGGUGCAGCCCAUACUGAACGAACACACCUUCUGUGCUGGCAUGUCCAAGUACCAGGAAGACACCUGCUACGGUGAUGCUGGCAGCGCCUUUGCUGUUCACAACCUGGAGGAGGACACUUGGUAUGCGGCUGGGAUCCUGAGCUUUGAUAAGAGUUGUGCUGUGGCUGAGUAUGGCGUGUAUGUGAAGAUGACCUCCAUUCUGGACUGGGUUCGGAAAACCAUAGCUGACAACUAACCCAAACAUGGCCAGAAGCCCUUGCCUGAAAGCAAGGUCUCCCCCUGGUGGAGGGAAAAGUGGACAGGAGCAGAUAGGGUAAGACACUGUCUGAAGCUGAUAGGUGCCAGCCCUGUGUUCUGGGUCAAUCAAUAAAGUUUUCUCUUGACUCAU